CCGCAAAGCUAAUCGCUACUCCGUGGCCACCUCCAGCCCUCCGAGACAAAGCCAUGGCUGCUAUGAACAGUCACGACCCCCACAUAACCCCUUCGACCUUCUUCACUCGUUUCUUCUUAUUAUUUUCUUCUCGCUUCGUUCUUCUUUUCUUCUUCUUCAAGAAAUGGCCAAGCUUGCAUUUAUAACAGGGGCCUCGUAUGGUCUUCCUCACACCACAAACUCUCAGGCCUCAUUCUUCAACGCUGCGCUCAAACACCAUCAAUUACACAUAUUGCCAUCAAACCAUUGCUCGAAACCCAGAUUUUCCUGCAGAAUCAGCGAAAAAGAAAAUGUUAAAGAAACAGAGAAAGUUGCCAGCGUGCUCACCGGGCUCCGAGUUGAUGAAUUUCGUGAAUCGGUUUCGAAUUCGGACUCAGAGAAAGUCUCUGUAGAAGAGGGUUUUGAAUGGAACUGGCCUCCGUGGAAGAACCUUCCUCAGAGAUAUAAGCUCAUUGCCGCGACGUCGCUGGCCUUCGUUGUCUGCAACAUGGACAAGGUGAACUUGAGUGUUGCUAUAAUUCCAAUGUCGCAUCAGUUUGGUUGGAAUUCAUCAGUUGCUGGACUGGUGCAGUCGUCUUUCUUCUGGGGGUAUGCAUUGAGUCAGUUGCCUGGGGGAUUGCUUGCUAAGACAUUUGGAGGGAGAAAAGUUCUAGAGAUAGGAGUGUUCACUUGGUCAGUGGCUACGGUGUUUGUUCCUGUUCUUGCUGGAUUUAUGCCUGGGCUAGUCUUAUCGAGGAUUUUGGUUGGAAUUGGAGAAGGCGUUUCCCCGUCUGCUGCAACUGAUCUCAUUGCCAGGUCAAUACCAAUGGAAGAGCGCUCAAGGGCUGUAGCAUUCGUCUUUGGUGGUUUGAGUGUAGGAAGUGUCACAGGGCUUCUUCUGGCUCCUUCUCUUAUCCAAAAUUUUGGUUGGGAAUCUGUAUUUUACAUCUUUGGUGUAGUUGGGAUAGCCUGGUUUUUGGGAUUUCAGCUUGUUAAAGGCGAACCUUCACUUGCUGCUGAAACCGCAACAUGGUCUAGGUCAAUCUCUGGGAAGAAAGCAUGGAAUGCUUCUCUCAAUGAGUUGAGUGGCUCAUUAAAGAAUGUACCAUGGAAGGCAUUUUUCCAGAGUCAAGCUGUUUGGGCAAUGAUAUAUACUCAUUUUUGUGGAAGUUGGGGUCACUACACUUGUUUGUCUUGGCUUCCUACUUAUUUUAGUGAGGAGCUGAAUCUUAAUUUGACAGAAGCAGCAUGGGUUUCUGUUCUUCCCCCGUUGGCUUCAAUCUUUGUGACCAGCAUUGCGGCACAAUUUGCUGACAACUUGAUUGCCAAUGGAGUUGAUACCACAAUGGUGCGAAAGAUUUGCCAAACAAUUGCCUUUUUGUCUCCUGCAGUCUGCAUGACUCUUUCCUCUGUGGAUCUAGGAUUACAACCUUGGGAAAUUGUGGGGAUUCUGACAGGUGGCUUAGCUCUUUCUAGCUUUGCCUUGUCAGGACUCUAUUGUACCCAUCAGGAUAUGUCACCUGAAUAUGCAAGUGUACUUUUGGGUAUUACCAACACUGUAGGGGCAGUGCCUGGAAUUGUAGGGGUUGCUCUCACAGGUUAUCUUCUUGAUUCAACUCAUUCGUGGAGUAUAUCAUUAUUUGCGCCAUCAAUCUUCUUCUACUCAACUGGAACAAUAGUAUGGUUGAUGUUUGCCAGCAGUAAGCCCCAAACCUUUUCCAAGAAUUGAUCAUAUUAUUAUGGUCCGGAUUGAUUGUCCUGAAUGAAGCUCUGAAAUUGAAACGGACUUCACACAGUGCAUGACCGAUCUGAAUUCUUCGACAAUGCCGGAUGAAAAUUUUUCUCAGCAAUCAAGAUUCUUUAGUUGCAUAUGUACACAUGAAAAUAGCAUUUGUAAAUUCCCAAGUACAAUUAUACAGAAUAUAAUUUUGUAUAUCUAUAGUAAUUGGUGUUGCAUUCUCAAAUGCAAUUGGCUUGAUGUAAUAUAAUUGUUUGCAUAUUUUGACUA